AUGGAAUGUACAAUACUGUCCAAAAACAUCUGGAUCGACCUUGACAAAGAUGGUUCUCAAUUCUCUUAUAAGUUAAGAGCAGGAAAACAGCUAUAUGUCGAGACAAAUUAUUUAAAGAAUUUCAAGAGAACCUUAAUAUUUGUAGAUGCUAAAACAUUUCGUAAAUAUGGAAAAAGCAGAUGCCAGAACUGUAAAUCUUACAUAUAUUGUGAGACACAAGGAUUCACUUUUAUUGGAAGCACAGAAUCAGAUUGCAAAAAAGUUUUGAAAAAAUUAGUUCAACCUUCUGAUAAUGAUUCCUAUUUAAGAUAUAGU